AUGCAAGCCGGUCUUGCAACCGCAAUUGGCAAUGCAAUUGUUAGCAACCGCUGCUCGUACGACAUCUGGCUAUGGAGCGUCGACCAGGGCUACUCCUCAGGCCCAAUCCAUAUUCCCGCUCGCACGAAGUAUUCCGAGCCCUUCCGCAGCGCCUGCAACGGUUGCGGCUCCUCGCUGAAGAUCAGCAAGACCAACCAGCUUGUUGGCGGCCAACACACACAAUUUGAGUACAGCAUUGCGGGUGGUGAUAUCUGGUACGAUAUUUCCUUCGUCGAUUGCGCAAAGGGCGAGAGCGCCAACGACUGUCCUGGGCACGACAAGGGUCUGGCAAUGGACAGCCCAGAGCAAGAGUGUGGGAAGGCAAACUGCGCGGCCGGAAGUUAUUGCCCAACGCAGUCGUACUACGUUGAUUAUCCAUUACAGAAGCUGGGUCUCGAGGAUCCGGUGUUUACUUGCCCGGGUAAGGGCACAGGUAUGGACCUUUACAUGAAGGUGUGCAGUGAUGAGGCACCGUUGAAAAGAAGUGUUGCUGGAAGACUCGCUGUAGACGGAUACGCUUGA